CAUUUAGGGUGGGUAUCGGGACACGCCUCCCUAGGAGAUGCUGACAUCACAAAAAGGAUAACAAGGGGAUUUUUACCCCAAAAGAGCAUUGAGCGCCUCCCCGCGGUACAGCAGUUGGUGCAUCCCAUCCGUGCUGCUGAAGGCAUGUGAGAGUCGGGCAGCAGCCUAUCAGGAGCCGGGGAGAGCAGGGCUCAGUAUAAGAGCGGGGCAGUGACUGUUCCUGGAAGACCUUGAGAGCUGCUGCAGGUCACAACUCCUCGAUGUGACGAUGGGGGGCUGUUAGGGACCAAGGACUGUGGAGCUGCUGGUGGGACGGAAGCCGAGGGGCAGCGGGUCACACACGACCGAUAUCUCCUAUGCUUGGGUGGAGCGGGCUGCCGGCUGGGAUGCUGAUGCUGCUGAGGAGCUAGUGCUGGCGUGAGGGCUGCCCCAGGCGCUAAAUCUCCGGCGGCAGCUACAGAGACAUGUCUAGGAAUUCCUACCCCAAGAACGGCAUCUCCGAGGCGCUGCACACUCCUAUAUUCCAGGUAUUACAAAUCACACAUCCCUGGCUGCACUCAGCACGGGCAUCCUCCUCUCCCCGACACCAUGCUACACAGGCACAGUAGCGACUGAUGGACACUAUACUACACUAUCCAUAAACAACUUAUACCCGGGCUGCUAAAUCUCAAGAUACUGCGAUGGGGGGACACAGAGAGGGCUGCUGGGUGCCCCCUGUAAUUUAAUGGUCAGCUCCUCUUUGGCAUCCAGUGCCGUGAACUCUAGUGCCACUGGUAGCCACAUAUUGGCUUGCAUGGCCAGGAGCAGGAGGGCCCCUACUUUAAAAGAAAAGCAUUGCUACUCACUGCCCCCCCCCCAAUGGUAGACUGGGAAUUAGUUAUUUUGGUACUUAAUUGGAUCAUUUAAUUGUUUAGGGCUAGCUCAUUCCCACUCAGUCUGAACUGUCCUUGAAUUUAAUGAUAUCCCUGAAAUGAGAAUCCUGGAUAUUGGUCAUAUUAAGUUUAGGCUAAAUUGGGAGACCUGGGUGCUGUGGGGUGACAUUGACAGAGGUGUGAGAGCUGGUGGGUACCUACUAACUGGGCUCCAUAGAGUGCAGCCUGGCUCUGAUUCCCACACUGUGUCGUUGGAUCAGGUUUCCCGUGGGACGACUUCCAGAAGAAGUAGACUGAAGAGAUCCGACGGCAGCACCACUUCCACCAGCUUCAUCCUCAGGCAGGGUUCAGCAGAUUCCUACACAAGCAGGCCAUCCGAUUCUGAUGUCUCUCUGGAAGAGGACAGGGAAGCUAUUCGGCAAGAGAGAGAACAGCAGGCUGCAGUCCAGCUUGAGAGAGCCAAAACAAAGCCGGUGGCAUUCGCUGUGAGGACGAAUGUGAGUUACUGCGGAGCAUUGGAUGAAGAUGUCCCUGUGCCAGGCACUGCCAUAUCUUUUGAUGCCAAGGACUUUUUACACAUUAAAGAGAAAUACAACAACGACUGGUGGAUAGGAAGGCUGGUGAAAGAAGGAUGUGAGAUUGGGUUCAUUCCAAGCCCCCAGAGAUUGGACUACAUCAGAGUUCAGCAGGAGCAGAAGAGAGGACGACCACAUGGAGGUAAAUUAAGUGGAAAUUCUUCUUCCAGUCUUGGGGAAAUGGUAUCUGGGACAUUUCGAGCAACCCCUCCAUCUGCUGCCAAACAGAAGCAGAAAGUGACCGAACUUGUUCCGCCUUAUGAUGUUGUGCCAUCCAUGCGACCUGUUGUGUUAGUGGGCCCGUCUCUGAAAGGUUAUGAGGUGACUGACAUGAUGCAGAAAGCCCUAUUUGACUUCCUGAAGCACAGGUUUGAUGGGAGGAUAUCAAUAACUAGAGUAACGGCCGAUAUUUCUCUUGCUAAGAGGUCGGUGUUAAAUAACCCAAGCAAGAAGAUGAUAAUUGAACGUUCAAACACAAGAUCUAGUUUGGCUGAAGUACAAAGCGAAAUUGAAAGAAUUUUUGAGUUGGCCCGAUCUUUACAGCUGGUCAUUCUAGAUGCAGAUACCAUUAAUCACCCGGCACAACUAAUCAAGACAUCGUUAGCACCGAUUAUUGUACAUGUCAAGGUUUCAUCUCCAAAGGUAUUACAACGGCUCAUUAAAUCCAGAGGCAAAUCCCAAAGUAAACACCUGAAUGUUCAGUUAGUUGCUGCGGAUAAGCUUGCACAGUGCCCUCCAGAAAUGUUUGAUGUCAUUUUGGAUGAGAAUCAGUUAGAAGAUGCAUGUGAACAUUUGGCAGAAUAUCUUGAAGCAUAUUGGAGAGCUACUCACACCACAAGCACCACACCCAUGACUCCUCUUCUAGGACGAAAUCUGGGAUCUACAGCACUUACAUCGUACCCAACAGCUAUUUCCGGUUUACAGAGCCAACGUAUGAGACACAGCAAUCAUUCAACUGAAAACUCUCCAAUAGAGAGAAGAAGUUUAAUGACGUCUGAUGAAAAUUAUCACAACGAAAGGGCUCGGAAGAGCAGGAACCGUUUGUCUUCCAGUUCCCAACACAGUCGCGACCAUUACCCACUCGUGGAAGAAGAGUUCUCUGACUCAUAUCAGGACACUUACAAGCCUCACCGGAACCGUGGUUCACCGGGUGGAUAUAGCCAUGAUUCUAGGCAUAGGCUUUGAGUCACAGAAAAUGAACAAACUAAGUGGUCAUCAACCCAUUUGCUGUCCAUUGAACCUACAGUGCAGCCAGAAGUUCUGAUAUGCAUUGCAGGUUGAAAAACUGCAUUGGGGUGAUGUAACUUGCCACAACAUAUGGUAGAUAGAAUAUACAAAUCACUUUGUUUUGCCAGUUGUAACACGGUGUCAUCUGAUGCUAUAUCACAGGCAAAAUAGUAACCAUACCCAUAUGUAUACGUGAAGGUAAACUUUAUUGUGCCCUAUCCACAGAUAUUUUACUAGAACAUUAACAUUAUGGCAGUAUCUGUUUCCAUGGAGUAUUACACACAUCUAUUUGUUAUCUAGGGUACUCGUCAAGGCGCGUAUAUGUACAAUUUCCUGAACUGGAAAUUCCAAAUGAACAGUUCCAGUUGGAACCAAUUUAUACGCCAAUUCCUUUUGGAAUUUGGGUUAAUUGACUGGAAAGUCUAUUUGAGCAUGUUGCAUUCAUUUAAAUAUAAUUAUUACGUUGAACGGUUUGGGGGGAGGGGUUAAGAAAAAAAGGAACACCCAAGGAAAAAAAAAUAGUAGCGAUUUUUUAUUUGAAUAUAGUGUUACAAUUUUUCCUUUGCGGGCUGUAGAAUUUAAGGCUGAAUCAUAUCAGUGGAAACAAUUUCGUUUUACAGGGCUCUAACGUUGAGUUUAAACUGAAUCGAACUGGGCGAAAGAUUUUUAAUUAAUUACUGAUGGUGGAUUUCUUUGCAAGGCUAAGGCAGUUGACGUGUAUUUUUAUUGGAUGACAAUAUUGAGUUAUUUUGCCAUCAAAGAUCUUUUUUUCCCAUAGAAUCAAAGAUCAAUUUGAAAUCAUUUUAGAAUUUCUCAGCAUCUAUACAAUUCUCUAAUGACCAAAUAACCCAAUAGUUAGAAUCUGGAAGGUGAUUUUUAUAGUAUACUGAGCCAUUAAUCAACACAAAUCCUAAAUCAUGUUCAAUCGCAGGAAAAAAACAUUGUUGCUUUCUGGAGCCAUUCAUAGUUGCAUGCAAAAGAAUGUGAUUUUUUUUUUAAAUUAGGUGAUUAUGGGGUUUCUAUUUACCACGACUUUAUUUUGAUUUUCAUAUAACACUAUUAUAGCUGAUUUUUAACCUGUACAUUAGUGAUGUACUAAAUCAGUCUUUGGACAGUACAGAUAAGUACCAAGUCCUCCGACGCGAUAAUGAUUGGAUAAUGUAUAUUAGCAAUGGGCCAUUUUCCUUUGAUUGACUGUAGUUCCACUGAUGAUAGUCAAUUUGAUGACUCCUGUAUAACAAAAUGGCUGUAAAACCAGGAUUAGAAUUGGGUUGCCAAAUCCAAAGUAUCUGGAUGAUGCUGGCUUUGGUGUGACACUAAUGUAUAGUAUUAUUUCAUAAUAUUGAUGAAAUCUAUGGUUCUUGGUUUAAACCCACAGAAAAUUUACUCGAGAUUCAAUAACCUCACAAACUGCAAACCAAAUUCUGUAAAACUUAAGACCAAUUAUCAAAAUCACUACCACAGUCAGGUGCUCAUGCGAUUCAGGUUUAGGCUAAUAAUAGCCAAUUGAUUCCUAGUCACACAGGUAGGGGCCUAUUGUGUUUAUUGUUUAAAGAUUAUCAUUUUAGCAUAGAUCUGGCUCUUUCUGUAAUUAUACAACUGCAAGUUGGAACCAGCUUGUAUAUAAUGAAAAUAAAAAUACUGGACUUGG